CACACGUCUAUAUCCUUUGCUCUGCUACAUUUACCACUGUAGGUUUGGUAAGACAGCACUACUGUAGAGAUGAUCAGCGGCGUGCUCCUCUCCUGGGCUCUUCUCCUGCUCUCCAUCAGCCCACUGCUGGCUCAUCCUGUUUCAGACCCAGCAGAUAUGCCUUACACUGGACCAGACUCAAUGGAGGAGGCCGGAGCAGAGGAGCUCUCUGUAUCGGAUGUAGGCAGCCUCCUCCAGAGGGCAGCAGCUCUGGGCUACUCCCCACUGCUCUCCAGAGAGGGUCUGAAACUCAAUGGGCUGCUGCCUAAAGAAGCUUCAAAAAUGGUUGUGCUGGAAAAUCCAGGCCAUCUAACUUCUCUUGGUCAGCUGCUCGGCAUUAAGAGGCAAUACAGAAAGAGGGCCAAUGGAGCCGACUGCUUCUGGAAGUACUGCGUUUAACACCGGCACUGGAAACAACACACAGGACUAAGAGACAGGGCUUUAUUUCAGAUUUAGUACAUGUACAUACAUAUAUACACGCACACACACAUUUACACUAAACAACAACAGAGCAUAGCGAGACGUAAAUGAGAAAUAACACCACUUGACUUUACUGUUGUGGGGAAGUUUCUAAUUUUGCACACUGACAAUUCUGUGCUAGACUGUGUGUGUGAUGCUUGAUACUGGAUUGUCUGGUUUAAUUGUUUGAUCCUUGUAAGAAAGGCUGUAAUGUGAAUAAACUGACCAUAAAUAAAGAAUACCAUUUAGAAAA